UCCUCAAUCCAUGUCCAAGGUUGUUCUGUUUACACACACGUCUGCGCACAAAUAAUUAACAAGCCAAACAGCUGAACAUGGCAAACUUGCACAUUUCAUGGCUUCUUCUAGCUCAAUGCCUGUUGCUAGUCACCAGAAUUACUGCCAAAGUCCCAGCAAUCGUCGUGUUCGGGGACUCUUCGGUUGAUGCCGGGAACAACAAUCAGAUUCCCACAAUUGCCAGGAGCAACUUUCAGCCUUAUGGCCGGGACUUUUCCGGUGGCAAGCCGACUGGGAGGUUCUCCAACGGCAGAGUGCCUACAGAUUUCAUCUCCCAGGCUCUUGGACUCAGACCAUUCAUACCUGCCUACUUGGAUCCUUCCUAUAACAUAUCAGAUUUUGCCAUUGGUGUCACCUUUGCUUCUGCUGGGACUGGCUAUGAUACUGCAACUUCAGAUGUGCUGUCUGUGAUACCACUAUGGAAGCAACUGGAGUACUACAAGGCAUACCAGAACAAACUGAGACUUUAUCUUGGAGGAAACAAAGCAAACAAAACAAUCUAUGGAGCUUUGCACAUUAUGAGCUUAGGCACCAAUGACUUCCUGGAAAACUACUACUCAUACCCCGGCCGGUCAUCCCAAUACCCUAUCCAACAAUACCAAGAUUUUCUCAUUGGAAUUGCAGGAAAUUUCAUCAAGCAACUCUACCAUCUCGGAGCCCGUAAAAUCUCCCUCGGUGGUCUGCCUCCGAUGGGGUGCUUGCCAUUGGAGAGAACCACAAACAUCAUGGGUGGAAAUGACUGCAUUGCAGAUUACAACAAUGUGGCUCUGGAGUUCAAUGGCAAGUUGAAUGGCUUGACCACAAACCUCAACAAAGAGCUUCCUGGUCUCAAACUUGUGUUUUCAAACCCAUAUUACAUUUUCCUGCAGAUGAUAAGAAGACCUUCUUUGUAUGGAUUUGAGGUGACAUCAGUGGCUUGCUGUGCCACAGGGAUGUAUGAAAUGGGGUACACAUGCAAUCAAAACAACAUGUUCACCUGCUCGGAUGCAAGCAAAUAUAUAUUCUGGGAUUCAUUUCAUCCUACAGAGAAAGCAAACCAUAUAAUCUCUGAUUAUGUAGUGAAAAACGUACUGGCCCAGUUUCUUUGAUUCUCUUUAAUUUCAAGACCAAUGUAUGUGUCCUAUGUUUUAGUGUCAUCACAUAUAGUACAUUAAGAAAUUAAGCCCAAUGUUGGUAGAAAAAUAUGAUUUUGGCACUUGGCAGAAAAAUGGCAUAAAGCCUGUGAACCUUAUGAUCAAAUUGGUGCCUGGGAUUUUAGUACUUGUACCCAUUUCUUAGUAAUCUCGAACUUUUCAUUAUAUAAAUUGUUUUUUUUCCCCC